ACCAUUACAUCUAAUAUUAUUAUAAAAAGAAGAAAGAAAAGCAUUAGAUUAAAAAAAAGAAGAAGAAAUUAAAAGGUUUCAAAAUAUAGACGAGAAUAAAAAAGGUUAAGAAUGAUUCAGAAUGUCUUGACUGGCUACUUUACAGAAAUAUUACUGUUUUGCUUCCACUUCAGAGUCGAAUCUCUAGAAGUACUUUAAAAAGAAAAACAUUCAAGGAAGUCACAGAACUGGCACUUGCCAGGACAGAAGAAUCUGGCAGAGGUGAUCUGUUGGUCCAGUGGAGGCUCUUCGGCAAGUAAGGGAGGAUGAGGAAAGAGCCAGACUCAGCUGUCCCUGAAUCAAGAGAAGGCUUCAAUGUCUCUGAGGAUGGGAGCAGAAGGGAACUUUGGGAGGGAACCAAUGCAAAGAGCUUAGGAGACAACGAUGUCCUCCGUCCAGAUGUGCAGCGCCAGCAAUUCAGGCAGUUCCUCUACCAGGAGACUGAAGGACCCCGAAAGGUUUGCAGCCGACUCCACCAUCUUUGCCACCAGUGGCUGAAGCCGGAAAGGCACAGCAAGAAGGAGAUGCUGGACCUGGUGAUUCUGGAGCAGUUCCUGGCUGUCCUGCCUGCAGAGAUGGGGAACUGGGUCAGGGAAUGUGGGCCGGAGUCCAGUUCCCAGGCGGUGGCCCUGGCAGAAGGCUUCCUCUUGAGCCAGGCAGAGGACAGGAAUCAGGACCAGCAGGUGCAGCCAAGGAUCACACUGGAGGGUUACCACAGAGCAACUUUUCCAGGUGGAGCCGUACAUUCUUUGCUAGCUUUUGGGGGCGGAGAGGAAGCAGCUUCCGUGCCACCUCCUGGGGGUCUGGUGACCUUUGAGGAGGUGUCUGUUCAUUUCUCUGAGGAGGAGUGGACUCUGUUGGAUCCAGACCAAAGAAGGCUUCACAAGGAAGUCAUGGAGGACAAUAAUCAGAAUGUGGCCUCUCUUGAAGGACUUCUGGUUCCCAAGCUUGAGUUUGUAUGCCCCAUGGAAGAAGCAGGAGAUCCACUUGUCCAAGACACAGAAGAAACAGAGAAAUCAGCAGAGGCUGAUGGCCCCCAAAUCAAGACUGAGGGAGAAGUACAACACUUCCUGUUUAAUGAAAAAGAGCAGAAAAGAAAUACUGGAACAGAAUGGAAGAGAGGGAAUGAAUACUUUGCUUCUCAGGGUGCUGAAUCCGAGGUGUUUGGUACACACGGAAGAAUUAAUACUGGGGAGAAAUCUGAUAAAUGCUUGGAACGUGGAAGAAGCUUAGGUUGGAAGGGACAUGUUCCUGGCCAUCAGCAACCCCACAUUGGGGAGAAACCAUACAAAUGCCUGCAGUGCGGAAAGAGCUUUACUCGGAGUUCACUGCUUAUUAUCCAUCAACGUAUCCACACUGGGGAGAAACCAUACAAAUGCAUGCAGUGUGCAAAGAGCUUUACUCAUCGUUCACACCUUAUUGUCCAUCAACGUAUCCACACAGGGGAGAAACCAUACAAAUGUUUCCAGUGUGGAAAGAGGUUUUCUACAAAUUCACAGCUUACUAAACAUCAACGUACCCAUACUGGGGAGAAGCCAUUUAAAUGCUUGGAGUGUGGAAAGGGGUUUGCUCAGAGUUCUCAACUUACUACCCACCGAAACAUCCACAAUAAGGAGAAGCCACACAAAUGCUUGGAGUGUGGAAAGACGUUUGCUCAGAGUGUACAGCUUUCCAGACAUCAACAUACCCACAGUGGGGAGAAACCAUAUAAAGGCUUGGAAUGUGAGAAGAACUUUGCUUGGAAAGCAGAGCUGAGGCGUCGUCAGCAUAUCCACACUGAGAAGACGACAUAUAUAUGCUCAGAUUGUGGAAAGAGUUAUGCUUGUCGUGCAACUCUUAAGGUUCAUCAGCGUGUCCACACUGGGGAGAAACCAUAUAAAUGCUCAUAUUGUGAAAAGAGCUUUGCUCAGAGGUCAACGCUUGUGGGCCACCAACGUAGCCAUACUGGGGAGAAGCCAUAUAAAUGCUUGCUGUGUGGAAAGAGCUUUGCUUGGAGUUCACGGCUUAGGGUUCAUCAACGUAUGCAUACUGGGGAGAAAUUAUAUAAAUGCUUGGAUUGUGGAAAAAGCUUUGCUCGAUUUUGCAGCCUAGCUGCUCAUCGACGAAUGCACACUGGGGAGAAACCAUAUAAAUGCUUGCAGUGUGGAGAAAGCUUUGCCAAGAUUACAACCCUUAGGACCCAUCAAAAUAACCAUACUGGGGAGAAAUUAUAUAAAUGCUUGGAAUGUGGAAAGGCGUUUGCUAGAAGGGACAACCUAACUACUCAUCGACGAAUCCACACUGGGGAGAAAUCAUAUAAAUGCUUGGAAUGUGGAAAGACUUUUGCUCGUAGGGACAACCUAACUACUCAUCAACGAAUCCACACUGGGGAGAAACCAUAUAAAUGCUUGGAAUGUGGAAAGAUCUUCGCUCGCAGGGACAGCUUAACUAUACAUCAAAGAACUCACACUGGAGAGAAACCACAUAAAUGCUUGGAUUGCCAAAAAAGCUUUGCUCAAAUUGCACAUCUUACUGCACAUCAACGAAUCCACACUGGGGAGAAACUAUAGAAAUGCUUGAAGUGUGGAAAUAAUUUUGCUCGGAUUUCAUAGCUUACUUACCCAUCAGUGUAUCCACCCAGGGACAAAUCAUGUAUAUAAGUGGAUUGUGGAAAGCGCUUUGCUGAGUACAGGUGUGUACCCACACAAGGGAGAAAGCAUGCAAAUGCUUAUAGUGUAGAAAAGAGUUUUGCUCAGAGAAAUAAGCUAAAAGGCCAUCAAUGAAUGGGGGGUGGGGGGAGUAGAAACCAUAGAAAUGCUUGAAGUGUUGAGACAAGUUUGCUCAAAAGACUUAUCUUACAGUACAUCAAAGAAUUCACAUAAGAGAGCAGCCAUAGAAAUGUUUCCAAUUUUGACAGAUUUUCAGCAUCAAUCCUAACCUUUCCAAGAAUCAUCAAGAAUUUUCAUGCUAAAUCAGGCCUGUAUUACACAGUUGUUGAACUGGUAUUGGAUAAGGCACGUUCAUUUCUCAGCUAAAAUGUUUGGAAAAAUCUUCAUUAUAAAAUGUGAUUUAUUUGUCCUACCUCAUGAAGACAUCUUAUGGAAGCUAGUCACAGACCUUUAGGGUGAAUAGAUAGUCUAUUAUGCUGAAGCUGUUGGCCUAUUUUGGGAACUUGUGUACAUACAUAUUCUUGCAUAGUUCCAUGAUUCCACCUCAAACUCUGUGCAGUUCUCAUCACCAUAUCUCAAAAAGGACAUGUCACAGCUGGGAAAACUACAGAGGAGGGUACCAAGAUCCUUAGGGGUUUGGAGCACUUUUCCUAUGUGAAAAAGCUGAAGAAUCUAGGGCUGAUUCCACAUGGGCCAAAAACAGCAGUGUGAAAACAGUGUGAAAAUGGUGCAAAAGGGUUCAAAAUGGUGUAAAAUACCGUUUUCACUCCACUGUUAUUGGCCCAUGCGGAAUCAGCCUAGGAUUUUACAGUUUUCAGACUGAAAGGGAUUGAUAAAGUUAUGCAAGGAUUGGAGCAAGUUGACAAAUAUCUCUUUGAAAAUGCUGAGUGCAAUGAAGGUGAUGGGCAAUAAAGUAAUGAUGGAUAAAAUGAGAUACUUCUUUACACAGCAAGUGCCUCAGAUAUGGAAUUAAUUCCCAGAGGAUGUAGUAAUAGCCACAGGCAUUGAUGGUUUUAUAUGGGGAUUAGACAGAUUCAUGGAAGAUAGGUUUAUCAGAGGCACCAGAGUGACUGAAGGGAACCUCCACAUUCAGGCCGGGCUCCUCGCGAUCGGCCAUCGCUAGGGGUCGGUCAGCUGUGACAUACGACACUGACUUCAACCCCCCCGGAGAAACCUGUUCGCACAAACGGGUCCCGUAAUCGACUCGGGAAGGCGCAUCU